UUUUAGAUUGAAAAGGCAUGCCGCCCUAAUGCAUAUAUUAUGUGUAGCCACUCGCCAUUGUCGAAUUGGUCACUCAGAUAAGUAAGAAUCCAAGGGGAAGGGGGCAGCUUAAAACUUGGAACGCGGGAGCUCAGAAGAAGCAAUAGAAUAGUUCACGCAAUGGCAUCAUCCAUGGAGGCAGCUCGGGGCAGCGGAGCCAAGAACAUCAUCCUCGUCCAUGGCGUGUGCCACGGAGGCUGGAGCUGGUACAAGGUGGCGUCUCGGCUGCGAUCAGGGGCGGCAGAGCUCAGCUACCACGUCGCAACCCCGGACCUCGCUGCGUCGGGGAUCGAUGACCGCCGGCUGUCGGAGGUGCCGACGUUCCGCGAGUACACGGGGCCGCUGCUUGACCUGCUACGGUCGCUACCUGAGGGUGAGAAGGCAGUGCUCGUCGGCCACAGCCUCGGGGGCCUGAGCGUCGCGCUCGCAGCGGAGCUGUUCCCGGAGAAGGUCGCCGCCGCGGUGUUCCUCGCCGCCUUCAUGCCGGACUGCGUGUCACCGCCAUCGGAGGUGGUUCUUAAGAAUGGUGCGCGCAGCAAGUAUACCCCGUUGGACAACGAGAUGAAACCCCAAGAUGCAGAGGGAAAACUCCCAUCUUCCUUCAUGUUCGGGCAACAGUUUACAGAACAAAUGUUGUAUCAGUUGUGCUCGGCUGAGGACCUCAUACUUGGGAAAUCUCUCAUGCGAAUCGGCUCUCUCUUCCUGGAAGACCUGCAAAUCCAGCCGCCAUUCACCAAAGAUCACUAUGGAUCAGUGCGUAAGGUCUAUGUUGUCUGCAAGCAAGAUGAGACCAUUCCUGAGGAGCACCAGAGGUGGAUGGUGGCGAACAAUCCGGUGGAUGAGGUCAUGGAGAUCGACUGUGCGGAUCACAUGGCAAUGCUCUCUACGCCCGACCAGGUUGUGAGGUGCAUCAUUGAUGUUGCUAAAAGAUACAAUUGAAUCGAAUGGUGUCAAUGGCUAUGUACUGAGUAUAUCCACCGUUAAUGUACUCCAUAAUGAAUAUGGAUAGAACAUCUUAUCCAAUCUAACAGUUGGUGGGGUUUUCUUCGGUACCCCGCGUAAAAAACUUUGAAAAGGGUACUUUUGUACUUUUAAGCCGUCUUUGUAGCACCACUUAAAUUAGAAGUGUAUGUGGGAGCCCAAUCUACCACGGAGAAGCCACACCUCCUAUUUACCAUGUCUCC